AUGCUGACAUACCCGGGAGGGUCGCUAGCAUCUGAACGAGUCUUUUGCGAAGAUUGUCUUGGGCGAGACGUUAAAGAAGAAGAAGAAGAAGAAGAAGAAGAAGAAGAAGAAGAAGAAGAAGAAGAAGAGAAGAAGAAGAAGAAGAAGAAGAAGAAGAAGAAGAAGAAGAAGAAGAGAAGAAGAAGAAGAAGAAGAAGAAGAAGAAGAAGAAGAAGAAGAGAAGAAGAAGAAGAAGAAGAAGAAGAAGAAGAAGAAGAAGAAGAAGAAGAAGAAAGAAGAAGAAGAAGAAGAAGAAGAAGAAGAAGAAGAAGAAGAAGAAGAAGAAGAAGAAGAAGAAGAAGAAGAAGAAGAAGAAGAAGAAGAAGAAGAAGAAGAAGAGAAGAAGAAGAAGAAGAAGAAGAAGAAGAAGAAGAGCCCUAA